GCGGCUCUAAGUGCAGGGUGUCAGUCUGGGCUCGGUCUGCAUGAGAUGAAGCUGUUCCUGGCGCUCGCCCUGCUGGGAGCCGUCUCUAGUCGCCGUCUCUCCGAGGGCACCCUGGGGCAGGAGGAAGUAGCCGAGCAGGGCAGGUCCGUUUUGGAGGAGGAGCUCGGGGAGCUGGAGCCACCGUGCCCGGGGGAGGGCAAGAGUUUCACGGGGAGAGGUGCAGUGGGCCAGAGGCUUCGUUACGAAGUGGUGAAACAGGACAAGACCUUUCAUGGGGCCAUGACCGAGUGCACACAGAUGUUCCGCGGCCACCUGGCCUCCAUCCACAGCAACUCGGCCAACGAGCAACUGCGCAGCGCAGCGAGCAUAAUCACCCGCUGGAGCCAGGUGUGGGUCGGGGGCAUCACCUCCUCCUCGGGCGGAAGCACAUUAUCCCGCUGGAUAGACUGCACCCCCUGGAACUACUCCAACUGGGCCAGCGGGAGCCCCAGCCGUUCUAGGGACACCUGUGUCGCCCUGUGCACCACAGAUGGUCGUUGGAGAAGCACCGACUGCCAGACUCUCCUGCCCUUUAUCUGUGAGCACUGAGGUGGCUGCUCCCCGCACGGGGUCCCGCUGUCCUCACCGCUCUGCAGGCCUGGGACUAUCCGCUCAACCCUGCUGGAGGCGCCCCUCUCCCUGGACUUGGCUCUGCUCUCAGGCUUGCCCCAGCUACCCAGGAGGGGCAGCUUCCGUCCCUGCUCUCGGUCAUUUCUGUGACUCCCCGCAAUAAAACAGUGCUU